AUGGCCGGCCCGCCAGAUGGAGCCGAGGCGCAGUCCUGCUCUGAGAGCGGCCGGUGGGAAGACAGCCCCGUGCUGGCUGGGCUGGGAGUGAAACCCCAGUCGAGAGAAGGGACAAAUGUUGGGGGCAAAGGUCCCUCCUCGCUGCUGCGCUGCUUUGCCGAGGGCGGUGGCGUGGGGACGGCCACCCCCUGUCCCACGGUUGGCGUGGAGUUUUACAGCCGCACCGUCCCCCUGCCGCCCGCCGGCAAGGCCAAGCUGCAGCUCUGGGACACGGCCGGCCAGGAGAGGUUCAGGUCCAUCACCAGAUCCUUCUACCGGAGCGCGGCGGGGGUGCUGCUGGUGUUCGACCUCACCAACCGGGCGUCCUUCGAGCGCAUCCCCGAGUGGUACCGCGAGGCGCGGGCGCUGGGGCCGGGGGGGCUCAGCCUGAACCAGGGCUGUGGGGGGGUCAGGCUCAUCCCCAACCAGAGCCAUCACCGGGCCCCGGUGCGGGAGGGGCCCCAGGAGCGCUGCCAGUGCUGA